GGUAAAUAAAACUACUUCGUUAGCAAAAGUUCCCUGAUACCUAUCUUUCGCUCUUAUUUUUCUUUACUUCUCCGGGUUUUAAAUGAGCUAAGAAGAAAAAUUCACCAGAUGGGUCAACAAACGAUAGACUCAAAAAUCAGUGAAUACGGACUGCGGAAUCCUGAAAAUAACUCGGCCACAUGUGAUAAACAACCUCUAGUUGGUGCAAAGAAGACGCCAUUGAGAGAUCUGCAGAACGAACAUAGAACUGUGCCUUACUCUACGGGAAGCUCUUCGAUUUCUAAAGACAGAGGACUGGCUACUGAUCCUGCUAAGGUUUCUGGAACUAAGAGACCAUCCCCCGAAUGCCCUGUGAGUCCUUCGCACUGCCAAUCUCCAAGCACUAGUUCUAUAAACGGGCAUCUUGUCUAUGUCCGUAGAAAACCUGAAGCUGAACUAGGGAAGAACUGUGCUUUCAACUGUAGCAGCAUGAAUAAUUGCCAACGGCUUAGGCAUGCUAGUCAAGUAGAGGGAAUUAACCAACAAAAUACCAAAAUAAGGAGCCUAAAGUUUCUUGUUUUCAGGCAUUUGCACCACUCCAGAUGGCAUCCUCAACAAGUUCGUCUUACAAACCUUCCAUGCCUUUACCUCCCGGAAAGCCUGCUACUGGGUUAGCACCUUUAGAAUCUAAUCAGCAUACAGUCGUUUCUGCUACCCCUGGUUUGGAUAGUCCAAAGGGAACUAUGAAGCUUCACUUUGAAGAACGGUAUUAUCAAUUGCAGAUGCUAUUGAAAAAGUUGGACCAGUCCGAUUUAGAGGAUUACGCUCAGAUGCUUCGAUCGCUUUCUGCAGUUGAACAAAGUAAACAGGCUGUUGAACUCGAAAAAAGAUCAAUUCAACUAUCACUGGAGGAAGCGAAAGAGUUGCAGCGUGCUGCCAUUUUAAAUGUCCUGGGAAAAAAUAUGAAGAUGGAUAAAGCACAACCCUCCAAUCAAUCGGACCAUUCAUACAAGUAAAAGGCGAUCUCCAAGGUAUCGAAUGUUGUAAGUUGUAAUAUAAAGCCGUCGAACAAACGUGCAGACUUGUUCAGAUUUUCGUUCCUCGCUAGUUUCUCAGCAUUCGCAGGCUAAUGUGAUAAUUUAGUGUAGUUUUUAAACUCGAAAUUCCAUGUAUUUUCCUAGGCAAAAGCUUAAGGAUCGUACGACUUCAAAACUGUAUUGUCACAUAUGGUGCUGAAAUGAUCCUUUGAGUUGCUGUUGCUAA